AUGAAUAUAUACACGUUUCUACAAAUCCAAAUUUUCAUAAGAUUUGUACUUAUAAAGGGCGGUUCUGUACCCUGGACCAAACAGUAUAUUACUUGGCGUAAUGGAAUAGCAACAGUGCAUGUGGAGUAUCAUCCACCCUAUGAAUACAAAUAUAAAAACAUAGAGAGUUGCCCAGUUAGCGUAGAAGUUAAGAAACUUGGAAACGUGGAGUUUCAUGCAACACUUGAUGCUUUGUAUAACUUAAAGUAUCUUCGUAUAUCUAAAGAAGAAUUAUUUGAUAUGAUACAGAAGGGAGCUUACAUUCCAGGUAGCCUUUCAAGAUUUCAACAGAAGUAUGAAUAUAGUUUCAAGGAUGAAAUAUCUAAAAAACACUGUAUUAGUAGAAUAAAAAAGCGUCUUAAUUUUAUUGUAAUUGAAGGCAUUUUAUCAGAUGAUGAAUAUUGCGAAGAAGUUAAAAAAGUUUUAUGGAUUGAACAAAGGGUAGAUGAGGAAAUAUCUGUUAUCUUAGAUAAGCUAGAAAGUAAAGAAGAGAAAGAUCGCAUGUGUCGUAAUGAAGUUGAAAUUAAAGACCUUAUAAGUAAAUUAGAAAAAGCUAAAGCUUUAAAACUAUCAGAAGGGAUGAUUGAAAACACUCUAAGUACUAUUGAGGACUUCCUUCUUGAUAUAGUAAGAACGUACAAAGGAGAAUUACCAUCUAAAGAUGCCUACGAAAAGAAAGAAGGCAAACAUAAUAAGCCAAAUGAACACCCCAAAGAAAACGCAACUACUCAUAAGAAAAUUUGA